CGCGCCGCGCGCUCUUCACUUCUUGGGGGCUUUUUAAAACAGCGCCACUGGGGUCUUCUCCAUGCGGCUCGGGCUAUGACAGCCUCCGUGCUCCUCCACCCCCGCUGGAUCGAGCCCACCGUCAUGUUUCUCUACGACAACGGCGGCGGCCUGGUGGCCGACGAGCUCAACAAGAACAUGGAAGGGGCGGCGGCGGCGGCGUGCAGCCCCUGCUCCGCCGCAGCGCAGAGCUCGUCGGGGCCGGCGGCGCUGCCCUACGGUUACUUCGGCAGCAGCUACUACCCGUGCGCCCGCAUGGGUCCGCACCCCAACGCCAUCAAAUCGUGCGCGCAGCCCGCCUCGGCCGCCGCCGCCGCCUUCGCGGACAAGUACAUGGACACCGCCGGCCCCGCAGCCGAGGAGUUCAGCUCCCGCGCUAAGGAGUUCGCCUUCUACCACCAGGGCUACGCGGCAGGGCCUUACCACCACCACCAGCCCGUGCCCGGCUACCUGGAUAUGCCGGUGGUCCCGGGGCUCGGGGGCCCCGGCGAGUCUCGCCACGAGCCCCUGGGUCUUCCCAUGGAAAGCUACCAGCCCUGGGCGCUGCCCAACGGCUGGAACAGCCAAAUGUACUGCCCCAAAGAGCAGGCGCAGCCUCCCCACCUCUGGAAGUCCACUCUGCCCGACGUGGUCUCCCAUCCCUCGGAUGCCAGCUCCUAUAGAAGAGGGAGAAAGAAGCGCGUGCCUUACACCAAGGUACAGUUAAAAGAACUUGAACGGGAAUACGCCACGAACAAAUUCAUUACCAAGGACAAACGGAGGAGGAUAUCAGCCACAACAAACCUCUCUGAGCGGCAGGUCACAAUCUGGUUCCAGAACAGGAGGGUCAAAGAGAAAAAAGUCAUCAACAAACUGAAGACCACUAGUUAAUGGAUUAAAAAUGGAGCAGAGGGAACUUGAAGAAAUGCUUCUGAACUCAUUGCUUUGCCCAGAUAAUAAUAACGCUUAACAAUAAUUGAAGAAAUGGAAAGAGAGACACUGACAUUUUGCUGUCUUUCUCUGUAAUGGAAUCUACAACUUUUUAAAAACUUUAAGAGAUGAUAAAGACUGCCAGUUCUCCCCACCAACCCCACCAGACCGUUACAUGACAGACUCUAGAGUCAAACAUCAACCCCUAAAAUGCAAUUUCAGAUAAGUUACUCAUUUACUGAAAUCUUGUAAGUAUUUAUGUGACCGUUAUAUUUUAGGACACUAUGUUAGAUGGUAAUAAUCCGAAAGUUGGUUACAAAAGCAAGUGGCUGUUGUAAGCAUCUGCUCGUCCUUCUUACAUUGCCAUCCCCUUUGCAUGUUAAGUGUAUGCUCAGGUAAAUCUUAGUGAAAUUCCUAUAUUAUGUUUUGUGAAAUAUGUUUUAUGUAUAGGUGUGUCUGGGGGGAGAAGGUACUGAAAUAAUCCAGAACUAUUUACUCUGAAAGGAAAAAGGAGAGGAAAGCGCUUCUGAAGAUCAUGUGUCUUGGUAGGAAAUACAACCAGUUUAAACCUUUGAGGCUACAAAGGAAUUCCAGGUUGGUAAUGUCCUUCCAAGAAUAAUUUUUAGUUGCUUAUAGCAAGUCUAUUUUUCGCAUUUGAACUACCCAUUAUCAGUGAUUUUCCGGAGAAUUGGAUGUUUUUAAAAAUGUUUAAAUCAACAGAUAAUCUGCAGAAUUCAUUUUAUGUCAGAUCUUCCAGAAGGUCCCACCCCAACAUGAUAGACUUCAGUUUUGAUGCAAUUCAUUUUUUUAAUCUAAGUUUUUUCAUCUAAAUUGGUAUUCUCCAAUAUUUGCUAAAUAUUUUGCUGGAGAAAUCAUUUUCUUUUUAUUUUUUAGAAAACUCAGAAUAGAAAUUCAUUUUCCCAAAAUAUUUAGAUGUUGACAUACUAUAUUUUGGUCUUUCAAGAGAUUAGUAUUUUUCCUUCUUUAUUGUGUUAUGAGACUGCACUAGAAAGUUUAGGGAUUCAUCUUCAUAGCACAUUUUUAAUCAAGCAGUUGUUUCAACCAGCACAUUCGUUGUGUUCAUAUUCACUUUAAAAUACUAUCUUGUAAAUAAAGACAUUCAGCACACUGUGAAAGUGUAUUGUGCACCUGCUUUAUAAAUAGUUCUACGAAAAAUGGAAAAAUUAAAUCUGUAGAUAGUGAUAUAGUGGUAUUAAUUCUGUUAAUAAAAUAGUCACUGCCAGUAAAAUUUGAAGGAAACACUCGCUACUUUCCUUUGCUAAACGUGCCCUGCACGGAAAAGGAGCAGGUUUGUCUCAUACAAACCCAGGACCAUUCUUUUCUAGUAUUAUUCAACUUUUGGGGGGUUUAAAAAUUUUUAAGAAAAGAGAGAAAUUUCUCAUAACUGAAAUUCUGAAAAUGAUAAGUGCCUUAAGGAGAUGAAAGUGUCAGGUGAAAGGGAAAGAAAAGAAAGGAGGAAGAGAUAGUAUAAAUUCCCAGGCUCCCUAUGGAAAAUGAAUACCAGUUGUUUAGUAUCAGCAAUGCUUAGGCUGUCGUAUUUUAAACUCUGUGGUUGGGUCUGCAUGUGUCUGAAAGGGCAGGUUUUGAUAUUUGUUGAAAUGACAGGACUAGGAAAGGCCUUAAACCUUGACCUUGAGGAAAAAAGACAAUUUGUGACCUUGACUUUUGACAGCUCAUGAAUUGGUCUGGGCUGGAUUAGUAGAUCAAGGGCGCCACCUGGUGUUGACAAGCCUCCUUGUAAUUCUUUAGCUUCCAGGAAAUCAAUUCUUACCUCCUUGACUUGCUAUUUUGGAGAUUUAGUACUCAUUUAUUUGGCUCCAAAUGGAGCAAAUUUGAAUAUAUGUAAAUUAUACAUGUGCCUGUAUAUAUGUGAAUAUAUAUCAUAUAUGUGUAUACAUGUAUACAUUUGCAUAUCAGUGCUUGUGUGUGCUUGUAUAUAUAAUUAUAGAAUCUGUACAGAUAUAGUAUUAAUUGCUGAUGACUCACAACAUUGUAAUUUAAGGUAAUUUCUAGAGUUGAGGUACAAAAUGUACUUUACAUGAUGAUGCCUUGUUCCUUUUCUUUAAUGACCAAUUUGAUUUGUCUUCACAGCAGCUCACUCAGAUUUCUGCAGAUCUGCUUUCAAGCUGUACAUUUUUCUUACAGUCCGAGAGAUGUUCUUAAAUAACCAUUUUUCUUCUCACCCUUAUUCUUCAAGGUGGUCUACCACCCUAAUUAGAGCUAUCAGGAAACCUUAACGGUAAAUAAAAAGUUUCAGAUGCCUUGCGCUAACUCUAGAGUUCUAGAGUUACAUUUCAGAAAUUCAAAGAAACCCACCUCUCAGGAGGUCAGUAAAGGGAACUUAAAUAUCUCAUAUCUACAAAAUGACCAUAAUAUGUAUGGGGAAGGAGAGUUAUCCUGUAUAGCUCGGAGCUGAAUGCCACUCCAGGGUGGUGUGCAAUCUUACACUGAUGCUUGCAAAUCUGCCAUUUGAUUUGUAGGAGAAAUAUAUAAUUUAAU